GCCAAGCAUUUCGGAACGGUUUCGCGUAACUGCGUGCGGUAAAUUGGCAUUUCUUUCGGUUUUUCGGUCAAUUUACAUGACCAAGUUCGCGUUUAUGGUGAAGUGCGUUGCUUUCGAAGCGUAACAAGUCGCUAAAUUGUUGGUUCGUUACUUAAUUUUCUCGAAACAAUACUGUUUUGCAUCGGAAGGAUACGAAGUCGGCUUUCGAUCAGUGUUUGAAGUGGAAAAAAUCUUACCUUCCAGUGCACAGUGCUGGAAGAAGUUUGUAUUGGAAAGAGUGGUGGUUUGAUUGUAUAAAAAUGCAUUUUCCGCUGGAACAGUGCGCGCAAUGUAGUGGAAAUUAAUGUGAAACGUUGACGAAACGCUUCAAGCAGAAGUCUGCGUUGUAUUUGACCCUGGUGGGCGGGUGGAAUUCGUGUAGGAUUCGAUUUCACGGGAACAGUGAUUAUUUUUUUUAGGAAUGCCAUUCAUGAUGUGGUGAUUGAACUUCUGCCAGCUUGUUUGCAACAAUUUCAACAACAAAGCAACUACAAUUGCUUUGACAGUGUAUAAAGUGAAUCAAGAAAGUAUCUAAUACGUAGGAAAAAAAACACGACGACAGCAGUUGUGUGUUGGCAUUUACAUAGUUGGAAGGGGAAAAGUAAGUGUGUCGAGAGAGCGAGCGUGAUUCUUAUUGAUUUUUGCGAAUGUUUUCCUUCUGGUUUGCAAAACUCUGUGGUUGACGGCGAAGAAACCGAUGAAUAAAGUUGUGCUGGCCGAGCUGGGAAAGCGAUAGUCUAGUUCCCAGCGGGCGAAGAAGCCUCACAGUGGAAGAGUGGCGAGAAGAAUCCGGUUCCAUAAACGAGCAUAAGAAGACGUACGUACUUGGGUGCUACUCAAGUUUCUUCUUCGUUUUGGUUUUCGAUGUAAUCGUAUCUGGAGGAAGAAGCAAAAGUGCGAAGAAUAGUUUUUGCUGACGACGACGACGACGACGGCGGCCAGACCGACAACAACCGGAUCACGGAUGUUGGGUCGCUGAGAAAGGAAGUGUAUACAAACGACCUCGAAGAUUGAUUUUGUUAUUUUUUGUUUUUUUUUUAACUACGAAGAAGGGCAUUUGAAAAGUGAAGUGCACACAGUGGGGGAAGGUGGAUCGCUCGAACGACAAUGUUUAAAUGCAUCCCGAUUUUCAAGGGCUGCAAUCGGCAGAUCGAGUACGUGGAUAAGCGGCACUGCUCGCUGCCGAAUGUCCCGGAGGAGAUCCUGCGGUACUCGCGAUCGCUUGAGGAAUUGCUGCUCGAUGCCAACCAUAUCCGGGAUUUGCCCAAGAACUUUUUUCGACUGCACCGGCUGCGGAAACUCGGUCUCAGCGACAAUGAGAUCAUCAAACUACCCUCGGACAUUCAGAACUUCGAAAAUUUAGUGGAACUGGACGUGUCACGGAAUGAUAUCGGCGACAUUCCGGAUGACAUCAAACACUUGCACAGCCUGCAGAUCUUGGACUUCAGCUCGAAUCCGAUCCACAGGCUACCGGCGGGGUUCUCGCAGCUCCGCAACCUGACCAUACUGGGCCUCAACGAUAUGUCGUUGACCUCGCUGCCGCAGGAUUUCGGAUGUUUAUCAAAGCUGGAAUCACUGGAGCUUCGGGAGAACCUGCUCAAACACCUGCCCGAGUCGAUUAGCCAACUGACGAACCUGGAACGGUUGGAUCUGGGUGACAAUGAAAUCGAAGAGCUUCCGCCGCACCUGGGCUACCUGCCGGCCCUGCAGGAACUGUGGCUCGACCACAACCAGCUGCAGAAGCUGCCGCCCGAAGUGGGAUUACUAAGAAACUUAGUAUGCCUGGACGUUUCGGAAAAUCGCAUGGAAGAGCUGCCGGAGGAGAUAGGUGGCUUGGAGAAUCUGACCGACUUACACCUGUCGCAAAAUCUUCUGGAAAUCCUUCCCGAUGGCAUUUCAAAGCUGACCAAACUCACAAUCCUCAAGCUGGAUCAGAACCGGUUGCACACGCUGAACGAAAACAUUGGCCAGUGCGUCAACAUGCAGGAACUCAUCCUGACCGAAAAUUUCCUAAACGAGAUGCCUUACACCAUCGGCAAUAUGACGAUGUUGAACAAUCUGAACGUCGACCGGAACUCGCUCAUUUCGGUGCCGAGCGAGUUGGGAAAUUGCAAAAACCUGGGUGUGCUGAGCUUACGCGAAAAUAAGCUAACCAAACUGCCAUCGGAGCUGGGAAAUUGCCUGGAAUUGCACGUUCUAGAUGUAUCCGGUAACCGGCUUCAGCAUCUGCCGUACUCGUUGGUGAACUUGCAGCUGAAAGCCGUCUGGCUUUCGGAAAACCAAGCCCAACCACUCCUCACAUUCCAACCGGACAUCGACGAGGUGACCGGUGACCAGGUCUUGACCUGCUUCCUUCUUCCCCAGCAGGAAUACGUUCCGGCAAGUCCGGACAACCGGGACGACACCGAGUCGGAAGACUGGGAAGAACGGGAAGCAUCCCGGACGCACUCGGUCAAGUUCAGCGAGGAUUCCAACGUCGACAAGGACACCCCAUUCGUGCGGCAGAACACACCGCACCCGAAGGAAUUGAAACUGAAGGCGCACAAACUGUUCGCCAAGGAGAAACGGUCGGACGACCUGAGCGGCGGUAACCUGGACACCCUGUCGGAGGAGUCCUCCUCGAGGCCAUCGUUGCUGAACAAAACCGGCGGCCUGCAGGCCACCCUGGACGACAUCCAGGGUGUGGUCGCGAACGAGCCCAUCGCCGAGGAGGACGCCAACAAGGAGAACGAGGACUUCGACGACGGCUACGAGAAGCGGGUCGGAUUCGACGUGAACGAGGAGGAAGACCGGUACUACUCGGAGGAAAAUGAGGAUUCCCACGAAAAGAAGCCCAUUUCCAAGCUGCAUCGAAGGGACACUCCGCACCAUCUGAAAAACAAACGGGUCCACCACGGCGUCGCCGACAAGAACAGCAGUCUGGUGCUGAGUUCGCUGAAACUGAAAGAAUCACUUCCGCCGCCGCCAAAGCUGGAGGAACAUCCGGCCCUGGAAGCGGCCAGCAAUAAUAACGUCGAAGCUGCUGAACCGGCGACGGCGGCGGUGGUGGUGGCAACGAUGGUGCCAGCCGAAACCGCGGCCGAGGAACACGAUGCCACGGACGCCUUCACGGAACUCAAGGAGGACCGGCUGGAGAUUCACAUCGAACGCACAUCCGCCGGGCUGGGUCUGAGCAUAGCGGGCGGCAAAGGCUCGACGCCGUUCAAAGGCGAUGACGAGGGCAUUUUCAUAUCCCGCGUCACCGAGGGUGGCCCGGCCGACCUAGCCGGGCUGAAGGUGGGCGACAAGGUACUUAAGGUGAAUGGUGUCUCGGUGGAGGAUGCAGAUCAUUAUGAUGCAGUGGAGGUGCUUAAAGCGUGCGGUUCGGUGCUGGUGCUAUUCAUAUCCCGGGAGGUGACCCGCCUAAUUGGUCAUCCGGUGUUCGACGAGAGUGGUUCGGUCGCUCAAAUCAACGUUGUCGAACAUGCACCGCUGCUGCAACAGCAGCACCAGCAGCAGCAAAAAACGAUUCCUCCCCCGAUUGCCGUGGCUGUUGAGCAGCCGCUCAUGGAAGGCAUAGCGGGAGGGGGAGGAGGAGGGGGCGGGGGCGAUGCAUUACAUUCCUCGUACAACACCGUUGGGUUGCCAAACGGGAAUGCCGGUACACCGAUGCCGACGACGGUGGGUUUGCUGAACGGAAAUGAAAUUACCCACAAGGUUAUCCUGCACACGACGCUCAUCCGGGACCAAAUCGGACAGGGGCUUGGGUUCAGUAUAGCCGGCGGGAAGGGGCACGCUCCAUUCAAAGACGGCUCGGAGGGGAUUUAUAUUUCGCGAUUAACGGAGGGAGGAGUGGCCCACAAGGAUGGAAAGAUCCUGGUGGGCGACCGGGUGCUAGCGAUCAACGGAGUGGACAUCACCAAUGCUCACCAUGACUAUGCGGUGCAACUGUUGACCGACCAUCAGCGGUUCGUGCGGUUAGUAGUUCAACGGGAGGUGAAAGGUCCGCUGGAGCCACCAACGAGCCCCAGGAGUCCCAUGCUGAAGAGCCUGAACCCGAGUGGGUACAUGGCGAAUCGGCCAGCUUAUACCGGCUAUCGUCGUUCAAUCGACGAUUCUACCGCUGAAGUACAUCAUACCGCCGCGGAUGGAGUUCCAUCUCAACAAAAUCCUGCAACAAGCCAACCCGAAGUGCAGCAGCAAAGCACGGUGACCCACAAGCCGCACAUUCACGCCCAAGCCCAUGUCCCAGCCCCAGUGGCCAAUGUGGAUCAGCAACAGCUGAUGAACUCUUCUUCGCAACCGCAGCAACCUCCCUUACCUGCCCCACGCAAAGUAUUAUCGCCGCAAACGUCUGUAAAUAACGGCAAUGGUAGUAGUUCUAACAUCAGCCACAACAGCAACAACAACAGCGUGAUCAGCAACACAAACGGUAGUAGUAGCACUCAUACCACCACCAACACAAGCAAUGGUAUCAACAACAACAGCAUUUAUCAGCAAUCACCACCAUCCACCAAGGCGCCCACGGCAACCCCCGUAACCAAUGGUACAAGCAAUAACAAUAGUAUCGUAGCAAAGACAAACAGUGAACAGGACUCACAGCAGGUAGCGCUCCGACCGAUGACCAGUGCCGAUUUCCAGGCCAUGAUCCCGUCGCACUUCAUCGCAGGGGGAGGCGGCCGCCAGGUGGUCCAGGUGGACAAGUCCGGGGUGCCCAGUCAGGACACGGUGACGGUCACGGUGCAGAAGGCCGUGCCGGAUAUGCCGAUGCUGCCGCCGGCGCCGACCGAGCUCGGCACCGUCACCGAGACCAUCACAAAGUCGACCUUCACUGAGACGGUAAUGACUAGGGUUACUGACAAUCGGUUAUUGGAACCACUAAUCAGUGAGGAGGUGGUUCUACCCAAGGAUCAGGGUUCAUUAGGUUUCAGCAUCAUUGGCGGUACGGAUCAUUCGUGCACGCCGUUCGGGUCCCACGAGCCCGGUAUCUUUAUCUCACAUAUCGUCCCUGGUGGCAUUGCGGCCCUGUCCGGAAAGCUUCGGAUGGGUGAUCGCAUCCUCAAGGUCAACGGCACGGACGUCACGGGAGCUACGCAUCAGGAAGCGGUCAUGGAACUGCUGAGGCCGUGUGACGAAAUCAAACUAACCGUUCAGCACGAUCCACUGCCAGCCGGAUUCCAGGAGGUGCAAAUCGUCAAACUCGAAGGUGAACGGCUCGGCAUGCAUAUCAAGGGAGGUCUCAACGGUCAGCGGGGUAAUCCGCUGGACCAGGCCGACGAGGGUGUAUUCAUAUCGAAGAUAAACAGCUCCGGUGCGGCGAAACGGGACGGCCGGCUACGGGUUGGCCAGCGCAUUCUGGAGGUCAACGGAGUGUCGCUGCUUGGAGCUACCCACCAGGAAGCGGUCAACUCUCUGCGAGCUUCGGGCAACACACUACAUUUGGUGGUGUGCAAGGGCUACGAGAAGGGUGAUUUGUCGCACCAAGCGAUUGGUGGAGCCGGCGGUAUGAGCACCGGUGUAAGCAAUAAUGGACAUAGCACUAGGAUAGGAUCUCGAGCUUCAGAAACUGGCUCCGAGUUGAGCCAGAGCGUAUCGAGCUUAGAUAGGGAAGAUUCUGUUAUCGCGGCUGAACCGCAGCGUAGAGUUAGUGUAGAUAGGGUACCGGAAGAGGAGGACUUCGUGCCGGCAGAGGUGACGGCACCGGUAGCAGUUCCACAGCAACAACAAAAUCAACAACCCCCAACGCAACCUCCGACGACGACCGUGGCGACAGUCAACCCUCCGAGCGUGAAUAGGGUAGCAGCUCCAAGUGCGGAUUCCCAAGCUCUCGUCAGUGCCCGAGAAAAGAGCACCCCGGAAAAGGUACUGGACAUUGUCCGGGCGGCGGAAUCCCUCGCACUGGGUGGCAAUCUCAUCGAGAACGGUCCACCCAAGUCCCCGACGGAGCCACCAACGGUCGAACAGCUCCAGAAGACCACCACCAUUGUGAUGUCGAAGCACACCCUGGAUACGCAAGCCCCACAGGUCGACCGCCGAUAUGGAAAUAUCCGGCCCUUGUUGCAUGCAAAUGAUCCUCCUAAACCCCCAAUAACCACCUCCACUAGUACUACCAAUACCGCUUCUACUACUUCUGCUACUGCCAACGCCACCACUGGUUCUACUACCUCCUCGUCCGCAUCCAUCGUAUCCACUGGCACAAGCGGCAAAGCGAAGAACAAUCGAACCACACCCCUCCCGGCGACGAAAACGUACAUUCCGGUCUACUCGCCGAGCGCAUACGGACUGCCGUUCGGAUCGGAAGCGCCUUCGCCGGAGAAACCCCCGGUGCCGGCCAGUCGCUCAGUAACGCCCACCACAGGCCACCGGAAAUCGGUUAGCUUCGAUUUGGAUGAUCCCGAGUGGGAACACCGGAAGGCAACGGUGACCAACGCCGAGCGGGAUGCUCACAUCCGACAAUGGAAGGACGCCAACAACAAUGCAGGGCCGGGACAGCUGAAGGGUAUCCUGAGAAGUGGCAGUCCGACGGCGUCCAGUAGGAGUCGCAGCACAACGCCCGAGGAGGAGGAAGAACGGGAACUACUGGCGAGAUCACGUUACGCGAGGGACAAUGCGAAUGAGGAAACGGGUAGCGAGACUGAGGAAAGUGAAACGGACGAGGAUGAGGAGGAACAGGACAGCGAAAUUGAGAGGCCAAAUCCAUUCCGGAAAGAGUUUUUAAGGGAAGAUAGAAAUGCGAAUAAAUCGUUUUUGCCAAGACCCAAGUCUCCACCACCAAGACCGCCCUCUCAGCCGCCGCCAGUUUUGCGAAAGGCGGAAAUCGUACACAACGAAGGGCUAAAGAAUAUGGAAGAAGAGUGGGGACAGGGUAAUCUUAUGCAGUAUGAGCAUGAUGCUCGUUCUAAUACAAUACGGGAAGUGAGAAGUUCAACGCAAAGCUUAACGAGUCGUAGUGUAGAACGCUUACCAGACUAUGAUAAAAUUGAAUUGAUAGCUGCUAAGUUCGAUGUUCUGCCUACGAAGAAACGAGCAGAGUUCGUUCACGAAAACUUCAAGGAGAACGCAUUAGUUCAUGAGGAAACGCACCGGCAGGUGCUGUUAGAAGAGAACAGAAUGCGGAACGAGAUGCUGUCUCGAACGACCAAUCCAUUCCUGGACAGUGGCUACGACCAAGAGUCCCAACAUUCCGCCUCACCUGUGCCACAUUCCCCGAUGCACUGGUCCGGUUCAACGGGCCAGUUGCACCCACAGUUACACCCACCGGUACAAGUGCUGCCCGUUCAUUACACCAAACUUCCUACUCCUCAGCACACGAUCUACACCUACACUCAAUCUCCGAUGCACAUCCAACAGCAACCUCAGCAGCCCUACGGCAUGCCAAGUUACAACUACAUGUCUCCUCCACCAGCGCCAAAAACGCCGAAGAGUGUCUCCGACAAGAAGCGAUUCUUCGAGAAUGCGAUGGAAGAUCAGAACAAGCAGACGCCCAAACCUGAAAAAGUAUUCUCAUUCCUUUCGCAAAACGAAGUCGAAAAUCUAAAACAGGAAGAAGAGCGCAAAAUUGCCACCCUUGGUCGGCGGCGCAUCCACGAGCGAGCCUACGAACAAGAGGACGAGUACGGCUCCGGCGACGAGGAGCAGGAAAUUCGUGAACGCUACACGAAAGCCGACGAAAACGAUAACGAUAUGAGUAGACACGACAUUGUGCAAAAUUCCCCACCACCACCGGCGACAUCGACGACGACGGCAACUCCACUGACAACACCGACGUCCAACUCAUCCCACGAGGAUCAACACCUGCACAUGAUUAGCACCCAUCCAGAGAGCCGAAUCCCCGUGAUGCUGAACCGCCCACAAUUGGCGGUCACGCCCCCAUCCAAAACGUCCAGCCCCAUAAGUCGGAUCCCGAUCCGAACGGCCAACGCGGAGAAGCGAGCGCGCGCCAACGACAUGCUUCCACCGGAGUACGACGAGUCCAAGCUCAGCCCGUCGGAGAUCAGAGCGUUGAGAGCGCAAAAGCGUGCCGCUUGGCGACAAGCACGUCUCAAAUCGCUGGAGAACGACGCCCUGCAGGCACAAAUCAUGAUCCAAACCAUGAACGCGGCCACCUUGCACGAGGACGCGUCAGGGAAUCCUACGGUGCUGCAUCUGCGUUCCGAUCACGACAGCGACCACUACCUCUCGCAUCACCAUCAGCAGCAUUAUCCGACCAUCGCGGAGCACAACGUUAGCAGUAGCGACGAACAGUCAUCAUCCAUUUCGACGCAAAUCGACGGCAGCGAGUACUACCACCAAGCACCGGCGGUGGCACCGAAACCGAUCCGGUUCCCACGGAUAGCGGUCAAAUCGAAAGACACCGGAAACGAGCGGAUCGUUCGCGAGACGGAAAAAGUGGUGGAGGAAAAGGUGAUCCAGCAGCGGACGGAGGAGAUGCCCGGCGGGGGUUUGCGGACUGUGGAGUACGUCGAGAAGGUCAUCGAGACGGAGGUGGAGACCAUGCGCGAGAAGAUCAUAAUGCUCGAACUGGAAGAGCCCUCGUCGGGAAGCAGCGAGCGCCAGAAGCUACCCCCACCGCCACAAUUGCAGUCCCCCGACUAUGACGAUUCCACCGAAGCAGCGGAUGUUUCCCUGGAGGAGGACGACGACGACGAUGACGACCGCCCCGACGGACGCACUCCGGAUCACGAUCAACCGAUCAGUGAUCAGGAAGACGAGCACGACGAACAGGAGGAGGUGAAGCCCCUUCAGACAAUAGUGGAGGUGAUCAACCCGGCAAUCGGCGGUGGCGAUGGCUACAUCAACGAUAUCAUCAUCGGACGAUACAACGAUGACUGCGCGGAAGAUUCGUUCGCGUCCGUAUCGUCCCCUUCGACGUACAGCGGCAACGUCGCGCGCUAUUCAUACGAAGAGGGCAGCUACGAGUCCAUCAACGACAGGAUGAAGAACGUCCUGCGAGAGCUGAAGCAGAAUGAGAAGGUGAGACUGAACCUAUCCAAGAGCAUGACUGAGGAAGAACUGGCGGAACAGGAUGAAGACGAAGACGAGGAAGAUGAACAGGAGUAUCAUCUUCAUCAGCAGGUGCAAGAGCAGGAGUUGCAUCCCGACGAAGAUGAAGACGAAGAGUUUCGCCACUACGAAGAGAAAACCGGUGCAAUCGGAACAGUGUUCAUGGUGCGCGAACGAUUGAUCAACGACUUCUACACGCAUCAAAGUGAAGUGACGACGCAAGAGCAUACCUCACAGCAACGGCUGGACUACUACGAUGGGUGCGAAGUGAUCCAGAAUCCUGCCGCGCAAGCCUUCGAAGAGGAGCUGGACAAGAUGCACAGUCUCAGCAAGCUGCAGAAGAUGACGCUGCACGACGAGAAGCUGAAGGCCGUGUUCUGCGACGACGAAGACGACGACGAGGAGGAAGAAGCGGCGGGCAGUUCUUCGCUCGGUGAGGUAAGUGGUACGGAGCGGAAGAACAGCAGCGGUGCAAAUCAGGAGAGACCGAGUGGCAUUCCCAUUGCUGGUUCCAAUGGAAGUGGCAGCUCGAAGCGGAAAAAGCGAAAGAGUAAGAAGAAGAAAUGAGAGGUCUUCUUCCGAGAGCUGUAAAGAGUCCCCAUCCGUCCUAGAUCACAAAGGUAGCGAUCGCGAAGCGAUUACGUUUUCCUAGUUGGGAGAAUAUAGUUUACUUUUAUUAUUUAUAGAACUGAGAACUUUAUGAGGACGUUUUGUUUUAAACUUUUUUUUUAACUUCUCAUAUCGAGAAAGCGACGGUAUUUUAAAAUGAAAUGAACUAUUCCAUUACAAUUAUUCCUUCGAUAAUUUGGAUUUUUUUAUUAGACGAUUUUCGGAAGUACGGCGACAAUAAUGAGCAAUUUAUUUGAUCAAUUUAAAUAAAUUUUGAAAUCUAACACAUAAAUGUAUUAAUAUUUAUUUAUCCUUACUACGCAGUAAUCGACGUUUUCGUGGUUAUGCAAAAAUCGUUUUAGUCGUCUCGUAAUAUUAGUAUAUAAUUAUGAAGAACGUACGGCAGCGAUCAUCGUACUAUUCGUCUAAUUGCUGCAACUACUGUUAAGACUAUCUACUAAAAUCCUGAAUAAGUAGUCGUAAUAUAUAUUCCCUUUUCUUUGGUCUAUGAAGAAAUGGUAGAAUGAUCUAUAAUAUAUUGAAUAAUUUAAGA